AUAUUAAACAAGUUAUUACAACGAGGUAAUUUUUGAGUUAUGACACUUUGAUCUUUGAUUACAUUAUAAAACCAAUUGAGGCUGAAAAUUGAUGGCCUUUGUCAGACGCAACCCGUGUUCAAAUUAUAAAUCAGACAUCGAGGAGUACUUAAAGUAACUGUUAGAUUACUACUCAUUAAAAUGUAUUAAUAGAGAACACGCGAAUUGAAAAGACAGGAAAAUACAGGGUGUCCACGUGAGCUGAUUCAUCUUUUUAUUUUUAUUGGUAAUAGAACAACAGAGAGGACUGUUUCGCAAUGGAUGCAUCAACUGAUCUACUUAUUGUUGAUGCUAAAAGUCACUUUACAGAUAACCCAAUGAUUGUAUCUGAUAAUGCAACAUUAAAUGAAAGUCACGUGACAUUCACAGGUGGAACCACAUAUCCACCGGAAAUACCAAUACCGUUGCCAUUGGAUUUAGCAUACACACUUUGUGAGAUAUUUAUAGGAAUUAUUGCAAUUAUUGGUAAUCUAUUAGUCAUAAUAGUGUUUACCAAAUAUAGGAAUCUCCGAACGGUAACUAACUAUUACGUCAUAUCCUUGGCAACAGCAGAUUUAGCUGUUGGGUGUUUUGGCGUCCCAUUUGCCAUAGCAACCCAUGUUGGAUUGCCCAAAAAUAUAGAGGGGUGUCUGUUUAUGAACUCUUUGCUUAUGUCCCUGUGUACAAGUUCAAUCGCAUCAUUGGUAGCUGUGACAAUUGACCGUUACUGGGCGAUAAUAUAUCCAUUGACAUAUAGUAGUCACAUGACACACAAAAGUGCGAUUAUCGUCAUUACCCUGUCAUGGAUAGCAGCAGUAUUUAUAGGACUCCUACCCGUAUUUGGCUGGAAUCUCGGCCCCCCUCCCCACCCUAGAUGCUUCUUCAUGGAAGUUAUGGAUAUGCAUUAUCUCGUGUUUAUCUUUAUCUCAACGAUAUUGACGCCAUCUAUAUUUAUGGCAAUAGUAUAUGGAAGGAUUUACUUCGCUGUAAAGAGACAGAUAAAGAAGACGGCAUACCAAGAUAAGCUACGUGUUAUGGCGCAACAAACAUAUUCCCAAGACGGUGAGCUGAUUUGCAGCAAAGCGGAAGUAAAGGCAGCAAAGAGCUUAGCAACCAUUGUUAUAUUAUUCGUUAUAUCAUGGAUGCCGCUAUAUCUACUUAACACCAUAAUGUGUUUUUGUGACCUUUGCUUCGAGGCUAUUCCUUGGUGGGUUAUCAAGGUCACUAUCGUACUCUCGCACGCAAAUAGCGCGUGGAACCCUGCCCUUUAUGCCUGGGGUAUGGCGGGUUUCAGAAAAGCCCUGAAGAAGUUAUUAUGGUAUGGACUUCUUAAAAAGGGUCUAACUCCCAGAUGGGAUCAUUCGAGGGUAACAAAUGAGACUAAAUCAAUCCCAAAAUCACCAACAAAGGAUUCUCAACACUUGACACUUUUAAAUGGGGACGUCACUACGGGUUCUACCAGGAUGUUGUCGUCAUCAUCCGCCACCAAUAAUUCUAGCACUGAUCUCACUGGAAUGAAAUGCGUCAAUAGUACGACGAGGAUGACGUCAUUGUAGACUGAGAAACUCACGACUCACGACGAAAUCCACGACCCAGUUUCAACGUCGGAGGAAUAUAACUAUUGUUUGUGUUGCAGAUUCAGCUUGAACAGGAAUAACAAAACUACUAACGAAAUACACGAACCAUAAACAGAUUAAUUUGAAACUACAUGUAGAUUUCAGCAGGUUUACUUUCAAUUACAUUGAUAAACAUUGGUAAUUCAUCUUGAAACGUUGGUGAAUGUUAAACAUUUUACCGAAAUGCGUAACAAAGUUCUGUUUGGAGCUAAAGUUUCAUUUAUCCAGCAUUCAGGGACAUACAGUAGUAACCUAAAAACAGAUUAUACUAGUAUUCGACUCACUUUUGACAAUUUCAGUCAAAAAACGUCUGGAUAAUAUUUUUGUAAAUUCUUGGUGCAUGAAUAUAUAAGGACAGUGCAAUGGGGUUUGUUUG